AUGCAUGCUGCAUAUAUAUGCAAUGAGGUUCUCAGUAACCUCCCAACGAAUAUCGACAUCAGCUCGAUAGCGGUUUGCUCUAAUAAUGUAGUGUUUGUGGGAACAAAAUCGGGUCAUUUGGUUAUAUACACCAUCACGCCAUGUGUCGAGACAGCUCAGAACAAAGGAAACCCAUUCAAAAUAGACUUGACGAAGUCUAUACGAACAUUUUCGAAGAAACCAGUACUGCAAAUGGCUGCUAUCGACGAAUUGCAGAUUCUAAUCAGUCUUACUGACUGCAUCCAGGUGCACAAUAUUAAGAGCUUCGUAAGACGGGACGAUGGGACUUCUCAGCCAGAGACGAAGGAUUCCAAAAGGGAAGCCAUGCCAUUGGUCUACACGUUGCAAGAUUCGAGAAUGGGGACGCCGCCUACAUUCUUCUCCCUCAACGUAAGGUACAGCGACGGUGAUAAGGAGGAGUUGCCGAAUCUGCGCAUGUGUGUGCUGUACAAGAAGGUGGCUCAACUUCACGAUUGGAAACAGGGAGAGCAGAAGUUCUCAGUUAUCUUCAAUCUGCCCACUCUACCGGACUUCAUGCGGGCUUCCCUCCUUACAAGGAAGUACCUCUUCUGUGGCUCCAGACAGCAGUACUACAGGAUUAGCCUCAAAGAUGGAUCUGAAAAACCCUUGUCAAGUGUGGGAAAUAACAUGGACUCUAUUGUGGCUAAACUGGGCAAUGAGGCCAUAGCAGUGGGCCAUGAUAACGAAGUGAUCCCUCUAAGCUACGAGGGUGACGCCAUUUGGAGUUCAGGCGUGAAAUUCUCUCAAACUCCUACUGUGAUUGAAUACGAUGAGCCAUACAUUGUGGCACUGACUGAUUCUUCAGUGGAAGUGAGGCCAUUCAUGACGGAUGCUCCAAUGGUGCAGAAACUGGAGAUUAGUGCGCCAGUUUGUGUGACUAAGUUCCAAAAGGUCAUCUGGAUUGCGACCAAGAAGAGUCUAUUUCGACUGUAUCAGGUGCCAACGGAGCAACAGAUAACCGCAGUUGCACAUAACAAACAAUUCAAGCUAGCCGAACUGUUGGCCGAAAAAGUACCAGAGCCGAGAGACCCUCAGAAGAAACGCACCAAAAUCAAUCUUAUCAGAACUCUGGACGGUCUGGAUAAGUUCAACCGCCGAGAAUUCCAGGCAGCAUUUGUGAUUUUCAAGCAGCUCAGAGCUAAUCCAAUACAUAUCCUGGGUCUGUAUCCAGAUCUCAUAUCUCUAAGCAUUCUGCAGAUGUUUAACUAUCCUGUUGAAAUCAGCCCAAUUGGCAAGAAAGAAUUAGAAGGCGCUAUCAAGGUGCUCGUUGAUUACCUUCAGCUAACAAGGAAAGAAUUGGUUGACAAAGAACGAAAAGGUGUUACAACUGUCCAGCCUUCGGAGUAUUUCGCCCUGGCAACAACCUCGGGAGAAAUACCAAGUACGUUUAGCGUCGGCAGUCUACGAGAGGUGAUCGAUACCGCACUUUUGAAAUGCUUCGUCAUGAAUAACGACCCAGAACUGGGAAAUUUACUUCGGUUGGAGAAUAAUCGAUGUAAUUACGAAAACACGGUUAAGAUCCUGGAAGCGAAACGCAAGCAUAAAGAGCUUGUGAGCUUCUAUCAAACUCGUAAAAAACACGUGGAAGCGCUGAAGUUGCUGAAAGACUUAUCUGGACAACAAAACAGUUCGAUGAGUGGCCAUGAAAUGAGUGUUUCCUAUCUACAGAAACUAGGAGUGGAUUAUCUGGAUGUUAUUUUUGAAUAUUCAAAGUGGGUUCUGAGAGCGUUUCCUAAUGAUGGUCUUCAGAUCUUCACAGAUCAAAGUCCAGAGUGUGAAAGUUUGCCGCCUAAUAGAGUCGUAAAGUUUCUCAAAGAGAUUACUAACAAGUUAGCCAUUCAGUAUUUGGAACAUAUGGUAAUGAAACGAGGAAUGAAAGAAAAGCAGUUCCAUAAUAAUCUUGCUCAGUACUACAAGGAUGAGAUGAUGAAUUUGUACCCUGCGUAUAGAGACUCUUUGACUGAAGGAGAGGAGCCGGCGAAAGCAGGUCACGAGCCGGGAGAUUUAGGAGAGCUGAGACGGAAAUUGAUCGACUUUCUGACUGAAUCUGAACAUUAUGGCGCUGAAGAUUUGCUGGCUGUGUUCCCGACGGAACUUCACAUUGAACUGGCUAUUUUGAACGGCAGGAUAGGAAAACACGACAGAGCACUUGAGAUUUACAUUCAUGUCUUGAAAGACAAGAAAGAAGCGGAGAACUACUGUAAGUCGAUUGAAAGCAAAAAGUUACCCAAUUCGAAUUGGCAAAAUGUGUAUUUGAGUCUAUUUUCUGUGUAUCUGAAUGCUAAACCGACUAAUGCAGCUACGAUGCUGCAGGCACCAGGACCUGUAAAAGCGGAUGUUGAUUCGGCAUUGAAAGUAUUGCAGGACCAUUGGGAUAUGAUAAAUAUGGAAAAAGCUCUGAAGCUGUUGCCCGAAUGGGUUUCGUUGAGACGCGUUUCAAUCUUCCUCGAGAAUGUGUUGAGAAAAACAACCAAUCAGAAGCGAGAUGAUCAAAUUUUGAAGAAUUUGCUUGUCUUUGAGUCAAUGAGAUUCCAAAGAGAGUUGGACUGUCAUUUACAAGAGAAGUUUGAUCUUUUGGAUGAGGUUUGUCAUCAUUGUCGGAACAAGAUUGGAAACAGUAAAUUUGUUCGCUCGGCGCUUGAAAUGGAAACAGGAAAAGACAGUAAACUUUACCAUCUGAAUUGCUUCAAAACACAUCGAGAUAGGGUCGAUGCUGGUCGUUUCUAUUAGUUUUUUUAUUUAGAAAUACAAAUUUUAUCAAUUACCCAAGCCGAAGCAAUGUGUUAUAUUGUGUGGCUACUUUUUCCAGUGUUAUAUUGAGAUGAUGACAUAUAAAUUCAUUUAUAAUGACAUUUAAAUUCUUAGUGCAAAGAGCCUAUUGCUUUUACCUUCAGAGGCGUUUAUGAACUUGGAUUUUUAGGGAUUGCCGCUGAACCGAGCAUCAAGAGUUUCUGGAUUUCCAAAUCACCCAUUCAAAGCUUUCUCAGUGCCUUCUGUAGUUUUUGUUACGCUUAUGUUUUCUCAAGGCAACUUCGCUGCUUUGUUCCAUGUUUAGUACGUUGAUCCGUGGAGUCCACUGCUGCUCUUUUGUCAUUUUCUUCUACACAGUUUGUCCAUGACAAGGUUAAUGAAAUGAUGUGCCAUGUUUUCUAGUAGUUUCGAGUUUCUAGGGUAUGAUCGAUAAG